GGAAACAUCUCCCAUGCCUUGAACCUCUCCAGGGAGUUUCUCCACUAUACCCCAGUAACCAAAAGGGUGGUGAAGAAUGUGGCCAAGUAUGAGAAGCUGCUGGAGACGGGGACGAUGGCGAGUCCUGGACCCCUGCGACGCCCCAACAGCACCCGCCUGCAGAGCCGCGACGCUUACGAGGAGCUGUGCCAGCGCCCGCGGGGGCAGCCGGCCCUGGAGCAUCUCCCACACCUUGGCUGCUCCUACGAGACCAACGGCAGCCCCUAUCUCCUUCUCCAACCUGCCAAGAAGGAGAUGGUCCGCAUACGACCUUACGUGGCUUUGUACCACGAUUUCGUCAACGACGCUGAGGCUGAGACCAUCAAGGGGCUGGCAGGACCCUGGCUGCAGAGAUCUGUGGUGGCCUCUGGGGAGAAGCAGCAGAAAGCCGAGUACCGGAUAAGCAAGAGUGCCUGGCUGAAGGACACGGCCGACCCGGUGGUGCGAAUGUUGGAGCAACGCAUCGCUGCCGUCACCGGCCUGGACCUGCGGCCACCCUAUGCCGAGUACCUGCAGGUGGUCAACUACGGGUUGGGAGGCCACUACGAGCCACACUUCGACCACGCCACGUCCAGGAAGAGCCCCCUUUACAGAAUGAAGUCAGGCAACAGGAUCGCCACGCUCAUGAUCUACCUGAGCACAGUGGAGGCCGGCGGCUCCACGGCCUUUAUCUACGCCAACUUCAGCGUGCCCGUGGUUAAGAACGCGGCUCUCUUCUGGUGGAACCUCCGGAGGAAUGGGGACGGUGACGGGGACACCCUGCAUGCCGGCUGCCCUGUCCUGGCUGGGGACAAGUGGGUGGCAAAUAAAUGGAUCCACGAGUACGGGCAGGAGUUUCGGCGGCCGUGCAGCACAGACCCACAAGACUGA